AUGACAAAAAAUUAUAUAAAAAUGAAUAAUAAAAUCAAAUUUCAAUACUUUCCUUAUCAUUUAGUAGAUCCUUCACCUUGGCCAAUUUUAUUAAGUUUUUCAUUAUUAACUUUCACAACAGGUGCUGUAUUAUAUAUGCAUGGUUUUAAUAAUGGUGGUCUUGUUUUAACUUUAGGAUUUCUAUUAACAAGUUCUGGAAUGGCUCUAUGGUUCAGAGAUGUUAUAAGUGAAGCAACUUUAUUAGGUUGCCAUACAAGAGAAGUAAAAAACGGUUUAAUGCUUGGAGUUUUCCUUUUCAUUGUUAGUGAAGUAUUUGCUUUCUUAUCUGUAUUUUGGGCUUUCUUCCAUUCAAGUUUAUCUCCUGCUAUUGAAAUAGGAGGAUCUUGGCCUCCAUUAGGAAUAACUCCAUUAGAUCCUUUUGCAAUUCCUUUAUUAAAUACCAUCUUAUUACUUUCUUCUGGUGCAUUUAUUACUUAUGGACACCAUGCUUUAAUAGCUGGAAAUAGAAAAGCAGCAAUAGAUGGAACAUUAUUAACAAUAAUAUUUGCAAUACUAUUUACAGGAUUACAAUAUUAUGAAUAUUCAGAAGCAGGUUUCACAAUGGCAGAUGGUGUAUAUGGUUCAGCCUUUUAUGCUUCUACAGGAUUACAUGGUUUACAUGUUAUAGUAGGAACAAUUUUUAUUUUAGUAGGUUUUGUUAGAAUUGUAAAUUAUCAUUUAACUAAAUCACAUCACCAAGGAUUUGAAGCUGCUAUAGCUUACUGGCAUUUUGUAGAUGUUGUGUGGUUAUUCUUAUUCUUAGCUGUGUAUUUCUGGGGUGGUGCUUAG